AUGGCUCAGAAACCUCCUCAACCACUUCAGCCAAUGCUCUCGGCGGACGAGAUUGUCCACCUGAUCAAACGAUUUAUAGCAGAGCAAUCCUCCAUCCGCGAUACCCUCGUAAAGACCAUCUCACUCUCCGAAGCACGCUACCAGAACGUCAUUGCGCCAAUUCAAGCCGUCGACGAUGCAAUCCAGGGGGAGUCGGGUGUUUACGCCAUGCUGCGCUACUCGGGCCCCGACGAGCUCACCCGUCAAGCAGUCCAAGAGGCGCAGGAGCUCUGGUCGGCAGCUGGCGGAGAGAACCUCAAGCGAAAGGACGUAUACGAGCUUAUCCAGGCCGUCAAAGAGAAGAAUGAAGAUCUGGGGUACGAGGAGCGAAAGAUUUUAGAAGAUAUGUGGUCGCAGUUUCGGCGCGCCGGCCAUGGGGCGCUUGAUGAAGAGCAGAUCAAGAUGUAUCUCAGCCGGCGGGAGAGAAUUGAAGAGCUGAAGAGGGAUUUUCAGAACAAUCUGAGUGGGAAGGGGACGGGUUUGUGGUUUGAGAAAGAUGAGUUGGAGGGUGUUUCGGCACAGGAGAUGGCGAGGUGGAAGGAAGAAGACGGGAAGAUCUUUGUGCCAUUGGAAAGGGGGGAUAAUGAAGCUGUCCAGCGAUACGCUAAUAAACCUGAGACGAGGAAGAGAAUGUUUGCUGCAUACGACGUCAGGCUGGGUGAGAAUGUCCCCCUUUACAAGGAGAUGAUCAUUCUCAGGGAUGAGAACGCGAGAAUGUUGGGGUACAAGAACCACGCAGACUUUCGGAUUCGGGAGAGAACCGCGCCGUCAACAGAGUGGGUUAACGAGUUUCUGAAUAAGUUGAUCAAGGAUUUGUUGCCGAAAGGGAGGGGGGAGAUUGAAAGGCUUGAAGCAAAGAAGAGAUCCCAUCUCGCCGUGGAGGAGGCGGAGAUUCUGCCUUGGGAUUACCAGUACUACACUCGACUGCUUGAGGAAGAAGCCAACGUCGAGCACGAGUUGAUAUCGGAGUAUUUCCCCCUGCAGCACACCCUGUCGUCGAUGCUGGGAUUGUUCAACCAGUUCCUUGGACUGGAUUUUGUGCCUGUACCGGAGGAAGACUUGGUUGGAAAGCUUUGGGCUGAGAACAUUGAGGUCUGGAGCGUUUGGGAGGGAAGAGGGGAGAGAAAGGACGAGUUUGUGGGAUAUCUUUAUGCUGAUGUUAUUUGGAGGGAGGGAAAGUAUCGUGGAAACUGCAACGUCAACCUGCAAUGUAGCUAUAUCAAAGGAGAUGAACUAGGCAAUGCCCUCCACGAUCUGAUCUGCCGAACCAAGUACACCCGCUUCCACGGCACCCGCGUGAAGCCCGACUUUGGCGAGGCCCCCAGCACCAUGCUCGAGAACUGGUGCUGGAUGCCGGAUGAGCUGGUCAAGAUGAGCCGGCAUUACACCCGCGUGGACCCAGCCUAUGCGGUCAAGUGGAAGGAGGACCACGAUGACGCCGAGCUGCUGGCUGAGAAGAUUGACGAGAAGCUUGUAGAGCGAUUAGUCGAGAGCCGGAGCUUGAAUCGUGCGCUGUGGUUUCUGAGGCAGAUCCUGUUCGCCAAGUUCGACCUGGAUGUCAACAACCAGAAGUCUACCGACGCAGUAAGGGAGUUGGAUGAGGUCAAGCUUUACAACGACCUCAAGGAGACUCUUACUCUUACCAAAAGCCCCGAAAAGAAUAGUGUUGGAUACGUUCAGUCGAACCAUCUCAUCACCCUCUACGACGCGGGCUACUUCUCCGCCCACGCCUUCGCGGCAGACUUCUUCGAGUCCAACUUUUCCAAGGACCCGCGGGAUCCCGAGGCCUGGGACCGCUACCGUCAUGGGAUCUUAGAGUAUGGGGCCAGCAAACAGGAGAUGGAAUUCAUGACCGAGUUCCUCGGUCGUGAGCCUGGGCCGGGUGCGCUUCUUAGGAGUCUUGGGCUGUCGACGUCCUGA